GCUGAUCCGUUGCUGACCUUUUCAUAAAAUAUAAAGACAGGCUUAAGGAGGAGAGAAAAAAAAAUGGCGUUUCGUUACUUUAUCUAGUACUAUAAUUUUAGGUAGACGUUUCUUCUCCUGAUUUUCAUUUUGCACCUUACAAAACAAAAAUAAUACAAAUACUUGUAUGUGUGUGUGUGUGUCUUUGUGUAUAUUAUAGGGUCUCGUGCUUCUGCACCACCCUCGAUCUAAUAUUCUUCUUACCCAUUCUGUGCUUCUCUCUAAAACCCAAAAUAAAUCAUUUUCUCUGUUCUUCUUCUGGCCAUUGUAGCACAACCCAAUACAAGCUCUCUCUAAACUUUCCAAAGUCUUUAAAGACAGAAGAGAUCCAUCGGUGCUUUUACAAUCUCUCCAAAGAUAAAAAUGGAGAUAGAGAAUGAAGACAACACAACAUUAGGUGAUUCUGGAGGAGGAGACUUCGACUGCAAUAUAUGUUUGGAUCAGGUCAGAGACCCGGUCGUGACUUUAUGUGGCCACUUGUUUUGUUGGCCCUGCAUUCACAAGUGGACUUAUUCCUCCAACAACUCAAGACAACGCAUCGAUCAAUACGACUGUAAGAGGGAACCCCCAAAAUGUCCCGUCUGCAAAUCCGAUGUCUCCGAGGCUACGCUUGUCCCCAUCUACGGCCGAGGACAGAAAACUCCACAGUCCGGUUCAGUGGUACCGAACAGACCAUCCGGUCCGGUUUGCAACGUAAGAACAGGGGUUGGUCAACGUUUAGGUGAAGGGGAGAGUCAACGGUAUAUGUAUAGGAUGCCUGAUCCGGUGAUGGGUGUUGUAUGCGAAAUGGUACACCGGAGGCUAUUCGGUGAUCCGUCUUCGAGUAACGUGGCACCUUACCGUGACACCAAUGUCCGGUCGAGGCGGCGAGCAAUGCAGGCGGAGGAGUCACUAAGCAGAGUCUACUUGUUCUUACUUUGCUUCAUGUUUAUGUGUCUAUUUCUAUUCUAAUUAUAAAUAUACACAUGUGUAUAUAUAAUUAUAUAUAUACCAAUUGGAAUCAGUAUGCAUAUAUAUAUGUAAUAAGAGUGUGUGUAUAUAUAUGUGUAAGAGUGUUGAUUCCUUAAAAUUGUAUAAUGAGCACAUUAAUAAAGUCCAAAUAAAGUAACGACACAAAUUGGCUUGCUUCUUC